AUGAAUGAUAGGGUAUUUAUGCAACAUAAUUGUUGGACGUCAAUAAACGAAGAUAUGAGUAAUUCAAAUAGUGAUUCGGAUAAAGAUAAUGAAAUAAUAGAGAUAAGUGUUAAUUUUGAAUCAGAUCAAUCGCUUAAUAAAAAAUUUUGCUAUUCAAAUGAAGAAAUAAAAUUACCUUUAUCAUCGUCAACAGAUUCAUACGAAUUAAAUAAUGCCGUUCAUGAAUUAUCAGCAAAUGAUAGUGAUUUGACAGAUAUUUAUACACCCCCUCGCAUCAGUAAUAAUGAGGAGGAUAAUAAUUUUAAUCGUAAUGAUAUAAAUCAACCAAUAAAAUCAGUGCAAAGAUUAUCAAUAAAACAAAAUGAUACACUAUAUAAUCAAUCAGUAAUUAUUCUUGACGAUGAUACCCCAUUACAAAAGAAAAAUAAAUCAUUUUUAAAAUUAUCACAUUUGCAAGAGAAUGAGGAAGCUACAGAGAACACACAAUUGACUGAGAAUGAUCAUGUAUGGGAUAAUUGGUAUGAUAAUGCGAACGAUGAUUUACUCUUUCAAUGGCAACAACGACCACAGCAAGAAGAAGAAAAAGAAGAUAAAGAAUCACCAUUACUCAUAUCAGACAAGCCUCAAAUUACCAUUGAUUCGCCAAAAAUAGUAACGCAAAUGAUAACAACAGUAACAACGUCAUCAACCUCAGUAACAACGAAAAAUUUAAGCACAAAAACGGUGACAACAUCUCGGAAUCGAGCCAAAAAACGUUCUAAAAAAUCGAUGACACAAUAUCGACCACCAUCACCAUUUAGUCCAAAACCUGAUUAUAAAAGUUUAGAUUUAUCUGAAAUAAAAAAAUUAGCCGAACGUUAUGGUCUUCUUUCAUCACAGUCAAAAACCCGUUUGAUUAAAAUUUUAAAUGAAAUUUAUGAUUAUACACAUCAAUAUGAAACGGAUACCGAUUAUGAAUGGUCUCGAACUGAUGAUCCACCAAUUAUAGAUAAUAAAAAAGCGUUAUGUCAUACACCACCAACUCCCGCAGUUAAUAAUUUAAAACCAAGUAAAAAACUUAAAGGAUCACAAGCGAUUCAACGUCGUCCCGUACAUCAAAUGAGUUCAUCGGAUGAAGACGAAUAUAAACAGCCUAAACGAGCAAGACAGCAAUCACAAUCGUCUACUAGUGCAACUAAUCUUCUCAACAAAAUUUCAUCAACAACGACUGAUGAUGCUGAUAAUGAAAAUGACAGUUCUGAAAAUAAUCAUAGCAAUUCGAGCCAUGAAGGCAAAUUUUUAGAACAAACAGUCUAUCAAUUUUCUUCAUCUUCUUCGGGUUCAUCCAAAGCAACUUCACCAGAAAAAAGACAGAUUCAUGAUGAUGAAAUAAAAACCAGUAUACAAACAAUUAACGAUGUUUUAUCAUCACUUCAAGAUUUUGAGCCUCCUACAACAACGACGACCAUAACAACAUCUCCACAAAAGUUAUCUUCCUCUCCACCAUCGGGAAUAACUAAAACAACAUCGUGUACAAAUUUAAGUGGUGAAAAGAAGAAAAAAACAAAAGCAAUUAGUCAGGUUGAUAAAGAAAAACAAAAAGCAAAUGAACUUGAAUUGAAUUUGAUCAAAAUAUUUGAUUAUAUCAAAUCGAACGAUGAACUCUAUCAGUCUAUUCUGUCCUAUGAACCAAUUGAUUUUGAAGAUUUUCAUAAAAAAUUAAAAACAGAUCUAAAUAUUAAAAUUCAAUCGAAGGAUUUGAUGCGUUUUAUGGAUGAUCAAUGUCUAACAUUUACAUUAAGAAAAAAGGGCAAAUCAUUUACGCAUGUUAUACGGGCUAAAAAGAGAAAACAUUAG